UGACGGAGAUGUUAUUUAACCGGCUACUUUACGCGAAUGUCCUUAAAGCACGCAGACCGCGGAGAGAAACAGUUCGAAGGAAAGAAGUUUGAGCUGUUUUUUAUCUUUCUGAACUAAAGUUAGUACGCUCGGUGUGUGUUUAUUUCUGGCGGUAGGCGGGCAUUUAACCCCGGUGUGUGUAGGAAGUUCGUUCCGGUCGUGUUGUUUAUAAAUGUAGCAUUAACUCCAUUUUGAUUUGUCGACAUCCUGUCCGUCAUGUUUCCGCUGGACUCGUCCUGGAAUAUUUCAUUCGCAGGUUGUGGGUUUCUCGGGGUUUAUCAUGUUGGAGUGGCGAGCUGUCUGCAGCAACACGCGCCUUUCCUCACUGAAAAUGCCCAGCACAUCUACGGAGCCUCUGCGGGAGCGCUGACUGCCACCACGCUGGUUAGUGGGGCUUGUCUGGGAGAGGCAGGUGCCAGGACCAUCGAUGUUGCAAAGGAAGCAAGGAAGCGGUUUCUGGGGCCAGUGCACCCUUCAUUUAACCUGGUGAAGCUAAUGCGGCACAUGAUGGGCCGGGUACUGCCGCAUGACGCUUACAUCAAGGCCACAGGCCGACUGGGCAUCUCUCUCACCCGCGUCACAGACGGAGAGAACGUGAUCGUGUCUCACUUCAACAGCAAUGAGGAACUGGUGCAAGCGUGCGUAUGCAGUGCCUUUAUUCCCGUGUACUCUGGCCUUAUACCUCCCACCCUGCAGGGAGUGCGUUACGUGGACGGAGGGAUCAGCGAUAAUUUGCCUCAGUACGCGCUGAAGAACACCAUCACGGUAUCUCCGUUCUCAGGCGAGAGUGAUAUCUGCCCCCGAGAUUCCAGCUCCACCAACAUACACGAGCUCAGAUUUACCAACACCUCUAUACAGUUCACACUCUCCAACCUGUAUAGAGUCUCCAGAGCGCUGUUCCCUCCGGAUCCACAGGUGUUGGAGACAAUGUGCCGGCAAGGAUACAAGGAUGCAUUGUAUUUCCUAAAGAGAAAUGGCCUGUCACAGUUCCAACACCCCCCGCGCCCGCUGAGUAACGGUGGCAUGAGGGUUGCGGAAGACUCUGAGAAUGAGAACGAGGUUGACCAAAGGCAGAGCAGAGAACGAGACAUGAUGCCUGGCACAUCGAGUGUAGAGGAACAUACAUUGGAGUAUCUACCUCCACAGCUGCAUAGGGCUCUCAUGGAGGCCUGUGCAGAAAGACGACAUCCUUUGCAGUCUCUAAGCGACAUGCUACCAGUCAGGAUGCUGUCGGCCAUCUUAGGGCCUUGCACGCUGCCGGUGGAGUCCGCGCUUUCACUGAGUAUCAGGUUGUUGGAGUGGCUGCCUGAUGUCCAGGAGGAUGUGGGUUGGAUUAAAGAUCAGACUGUGAAGCUACUGAGUCAUGUUCUGAGGAGGAAUGUGCCCCAACAGCUGGUAGCACGAUUGUCUUAUCAUUUGCAUUUGAGGCAUGCUCAGUCUGCGCCGGCAAGUUUCAGUGCUGCCAAUCUGCUGCCAGGCUGGGUGUGUAGACGCAGCUCGUCUGUAUUGGAUGCUAUCCAGCGUUUGGAGCAGUACCAGCGCCAGCUCCUGCCAGGCUUCUUCUGCAUUAACCUAAAUCUACACGGCUCCUUCAGUGCUGGAUGUCCCCGACCUACCACUCCCCCUUUUCCACCAAUCCAUGAAGACCUGGAUGAAGGUUUGACUAUGCGUCCCGUGGGGUCCGCUAACGCCGCCUUUCUUCCACAAAACAAUCAAACGGAGGACCAUCGGUCAUGUGAUCACCAUCAACCCCAGGCAUUCUGAGAGAACUAAUAAUUCCAACAUACUCGAUGCAAGAGGAAGAAAAAAAAAAGUAUCUUAACAAGGAAGGUACAAAUCUCCUAAAAGGAUGUUUGAGGAAGAUGUUGGUUAUUUAUUUAAUAAACUCCUCAAGAUGAACAGAA